UAAACGAAAAGAAGUGUAUAAAGUCGUGUGAAGUCAGCCGUUUUGUGUUGCGGAAAAAAUACCUUUGCUGCGGUAUUUUUCGUUACUUUUAAAGUAAAAAUAUAAGAUUAUUUUUAACAAUGAGACUAGCUUUUAGAAUCAGCUAAAGUUUAAUACCAUCUUCUGCGUGUUGUAGGCAAAAACUCAAGCUAAAAAAUUCACGAAGGGGUAUCAAAAGGACUCCAUCAGCUUGCAUGUUUUUUUUCGGAGUCUGCGAACGUUCUUAGAAAAUGGUUCCAGAUGUAAUGGAAAAAAUCGUUUAAUUUUACAACAUCGAAGAAUAACAUGUGUUCACCAGAUUCAUUAAUUAUGUUUCUAACCAUGAAUCACUAGUUUUUAUUUCAAAGUUUCGCUAAUAUUGAAGUUGAGAAGUACUUGUGGGGUUUUAGUAAAUCGUAUUGGAAAAUGUACUUGGGUACAUCUGACACCACUUUCUUGCACACUCCGGUCGAUCGACCUUCAUGUUUUUUUGACUCUUGUGUCGGGUGCUGAGGCGUUCGUACAACUCUAUUUAGUCAUAUAAGAGAAAAAACGUUAACUAGUUGAAAAAGUGGCUUAGGUCGUAGUGAGAAAAAUUGAAAAGUUUUACCCACCCAAUGGUGUUUACGGAAUGAACACUGCUAGGCCUCGUCUAGUGUCCACCUCAAUCCGAAAGCUGCAGUUAUUGUCACCAUCCAAAAGGGUUAAAAGUAGCAGUGCUAGUAAGGAAGAAGACGACUUGUCGCCGCCGCCGUCGAUGACGACGACGACGACAACGACAGAGAAUAUGGCUGAGGCAGCUGGAACGCAAAUCAACGAGGAUGCUUCGAACGAUGUCCUCGGUCAGCCACCGACUAAGUUCACGGAAGCGGAUCUGCAAGCCAUCAAACUGACCAGCGACACAUUGAAGCGCAACCCAAAGAUGGACUUUAGCAAAAGCGAUCUUCUCAAGCUUCUUAGCUAUCUGGAGGGAGAACUGCAAGCCCGGGACGUAGUUAUUGCCGUGCUGAAAACGGAAAAGGUUAAGCAACUGCUCAGCACCACUCGGUACAGUAAAUCCACAAAUCUCAAUGAUCCACAUGCGGCCCUCUAUCGUGACAAUUUGGCGUCCAGUGGGACCAUAGCCAGUCGGCAGUCUUCAAUCCAGGCAGCUUAUUCCGAACAUGAAAUGCGACUACUGAACGAUCAACGUGUUGGUGUUAAGGAACAGAUGGACUCGCUGGCGACGCUGGUUAUGCAGCAGCGGCAGACACAGGCUAAAAUGGUCGAAGUACUGAAGGAUGCCGAGGAGCGAUACAAACAGGUAGUUCAGGAACUGGAAGAAGAGCGCCGGAAGCAUGAACAUACUACUGCCCAGGGCGAUGACAUAACCUAUGGGUUGGAAAUUGAACGGUCGAGACUGAAACAGGAAUUGGAGCACGAGAAGGAACAGCGCAAGGUUCUGGAGCUGGAGGUAAAGAAGAUUGAGGAACAGUUCGAAGCAGAGAAAAACCGUCAGAAGCAAAUUGUGUUGCUGCUGUUGGCAGAAAGGAAAAAGAUUAUCAUUAAGUAUAUUGAGGAAAGAAAGCGCAGCGAGGACUUGGCUCAGAUUCUGUCGGAGGAAAAACAGCGGGUUGACACGAUAGCGGAAGGGCUCGAGGAGGAAAGCAAAAAGUCAUUGCGGAUGGAGGCAGAGCUAGAAACUCAAGCACACCAGUUUGACAUGGAAAGGAAAAUACUGCAUCAGAGUUUGGCCAAGGAAGAAAAAAGAAUCAAGGAACAGGAUAUAGAAAUCCAGCAACUGAGAGCAGAACUGGAAGUGCUGCGCAAACAGACCGGCAUUCGGCAUCCAAUCAUUGCUCCGCAGCUUCCAAUCAAGCCUGGUGGACUGAUGCCGUCUCGGCCCUCAAUCGGAGGUGUUGCACCAGACGUAGACAGCGUAGUAUCGUCCACUUCUUCCGCUUCCGCCGCAGCUGGUUCUGCGGUGGCUCCUGGUGCUUGUACUUCCGCUGCCCUUGCCGGAUCUGUUAGUUCUGGUGCUGCUGCUGCUGCCGCCGCCUCCGCUGGUGUUGGGAUUUUGCCGCCUGGCGCAAUGAUUAGUAGUGUGGCCACGAAGGUGGUUCAACCUACCGCCACUGUGUCUAGCGUUCCAGUUUCCGGACCAACGACCGGAAUUGCACGCUCAGUGUCCCCUGGUCAACUGAUUCGCCAGACAGCGAUCUCGCAGCUAUCGGUGACGUCACCUCCGAUUGGAUCGGGUCCCGUUUCGAACUCUGCGCCGGUCGCACCUGGAUCCGAGACCUACGCCAAUGCCACGCCGGGCAAGAUGGCAACCGUCAGAAAAGCAUCCACGUCGCCAGCUGGAAGUCCGGCUGGCAUCGGAUUCCCCUCCACAGGCAUGGGAGGAUCAGUAGCAGCCCUUAAGAAGACAAUAAUUCCACCGGUAGGAGGACGUGGCGUGCCGCCUCCGAUUCCACCUAACAAACCGCAGAUUCCACCGAAACUUUCGGCGACAUCGGCUGCGGCAGCCGUGGCCGCUGCCGCCGUAUCAUCUCGCAUACCAUUUCUGAACAAUAGCAAUCACAGCAGCAGCAUCAGCAGCAACAACAUUAGUAACAAUUUAGCCAAUUGUAGUAGCAACAUCGGUGCAUCGAUACCAUCGCCAUCGUCCGUGUCUUCGCCACUAUCAUCAUCACCAUCAUCAUCCUCAUCUUCAUCCUCCACCAAUAGUGCUAGCAGUACUUUCGUCGCGCCCCCCGGGCUCAACACUGUCAGUGGAACGGUACCGCCCACAAAUAAUUUUAUCGCAUCUUCAACAGUUGCCAACAAUGCCACUGCUGGAGCAACAACAGCAGCAGCAGCAACCAACUUCUCCGCCUCAGCAGCAGCUGCCGCCGCCACCGCCGCUGCAGCUUCAAAGGCUGUCGCCGUCUCAGCCGCCGCCGCCGCAACAGCAUCACAAAAUUCUGCGGCGUCAAACGCAUCUGCAUUCGUUUCAACCGCAGCAGAAAUACUGACAAACAUCGGUUGCGAAGGUGGGAUAGUGUAAAUCCACUAUUAUUUGCUCCUCGCUAGCGCCACGCCCAUCACGAUCUUCACCACUACCAGUUAGCGAAUGAAUACUGCAAGAUGAAACAUAUACCAUCAAUCUCACUCACAUUCAUGCAACACAUACGAUGCAACACACGCGCUUCUAUCCCCAAAAAGGUAGGGUUUUUUUGAGGUUCCCAAGUGUCCAGAGUGUUGUUGGCUGCAAAGUUAGCUUCCUAAAUUGUGGUUUUAAACUGUAAUAAUAUGUAUUUUGGUUUUAUCUUCAAUAUUAGUUGUAAUUAAGAAAAACAAUUUUUACAACCGAUUUUGUAAUCAUAAGUUUUUUUUCGUGAAUUGGACAAAAUUAUUCAUUCGAAUGUAGGUAUCUGAAGUGUGAAGAAGUUUUUUUUUUGUAGAAGCGUGUAUGUUUGCAAUGUAUAGAAAACUAUAUUCGUCCAUUGGAAUAGCACACAUACAAACAUCAUCACACAAAUUUUCUUCGAAAUCACCGUUACAAACUUUGGUUGCACCCUCGCAAUUUCAGUCCAUUUCAAACCACACCUCGAGUGACGCAACCGUAUUCCUGAGAAUAAGUUUUCCAUUCCGUUGUUUCGUUUCUUUUUCAGUGCUUCUUCAACGCUUCUAGAUUUCUGUUAAAUUUUGCCACCACUGUAGCUGCGUUUGGUGCUGGCUUUAUAUUUUAGUAACCUAGAGAAGUGGCAAACUAGUAAAUAUUUUUUGCUCGUUUUCUGUUUUUUUACUUAGCGAAAUCUUCGUAACACUCCCUAUAACAUUUCCAAGUAUUCAGCUAUUGUUAUUAAUUGACAUUUUUCGGCCACGAAUCAAAAUUUAACCGACAUGCUGUUGAAACGGAUGUAGACAACAAUUUUGUUCGCAGUUGUAAGCAAUAUCUUCAUCAUUGGUAGAACCUGCUUUCGAUGUGUUUGUGUAUUUGUGCACCGGGGUCGCACAGUCAUAUUUCGCAAGCGAAAGCAAGCGGUUCAUUCUCGUUGCGUUGCAACGUUUCCGCUCUUGUGUGAACCUUUCGUGAGGGUUCGGGACUGUUGAAACUGACUGCUGCCGCCUAAUGGAACAUCGCAGAGUGUGUCGAGUGUGAAUGGCGAGUCAGGGGCACCAUCAUUAUUCCAUUCCAUGCAUUUUCAUCAUUUCAAAAACCAUCAGUUCUUGUUUCACGGUAGUUAAAGGAUGUUUUUGUCAUUUGAAAAAAACAGUCAAAUCAAGCAUUUUAUGUAAGCUACAUGCACUUCACCUCCCCAAGUCGCGCUUUUCGUUUCGUGAAACAGUCACAAGUAGUCAUACGAAAAACAGAGUAAAACAUUGUUGCUAUUUGCUAAAUAGAAGAGAAAAUCAUGGUGUUUAUGAAAGUGAUGAAUAAUUAACCAGAAAUCAAACAAUACUAUGAAACAGCUGUUAUUAUUAAUCGAACACAUGAAUAUAUGCUUAUACGCUUAAGGUAAAAAUAAAAAAAAAGUACGAACAAUGUAAAUGUGAAAACUUUUCCUUUUGUGGAGGUUUACGAACCGAUUUAAGCAAUAGCACUAUUCCGAUUGAUUGAAUUGUUGAUAACCUAAGUCCGUAUAGGACCUACGCAAGCUAGUGUUGAUCACCAUGCUCCGUCAGCCGUCAGAAUUGUUUUCGAACUGUUGUGUUUGCUGUCAAUGCGUUCUGAACAUGUGAAAUGCUUGUAGGAUAAACCCGCAAUUCUGUCGUUUAAAGUUUUAUAUGAAAUAACAAUGCAAUUGAAGCGGCUAAGCGUGAUCUGAGCAGGUGUUUAAGAGAGAGAGGAAUACAGCCCAGAUUCAGACACACGUUCACCAGUGUAGUGUGCGUACGGAAUGUAAUUAUAGUUAAGAAAGUUGAUAUUCAAUCACCUUAGUAGGUCAGCUGUGAUUCAUUUAAGUAUGCAUAUGUAAGGAUAUUAGGACGAAUGAAAUAGGAAAUGGAAACAAAUCUAUUAUUUUCAAUUAUCAGCUAAGUUAUUAAACAGCAUUUUUGAAUUAUCCCAUGAGGUUAGUCGGUCAGAUUUUUAUUAGGUAGAGUAAUUCCGGGAGUACGAGAAUGAGAUGUCGCACCUGUCCAUGUCUCGUGUAUAAAGUCCUUUCGGGUGAGCGAAAGAGGGCUUCUUUCUGUGCAACAGCUCUUAUAAAAGCAGACGCUGACACAUUAUUAUUUAUAUAGAUUGCAGUACAAAUCACUUCUUCCCUAUACUUACCAUUUCGGCUUCUGUUCCGCUUUCGCAUUUCACUACGACCAGAUUAUGAGCUUUUUGUGCAAAGUUAUGCCACUUUCAACGAUACACUGGGAAUACUGGUAUCGUGCAGUAAGGUAAAAUUAGGUAAACCGUGUUGAAACUAGUUUCCAUUUAACUACGGCAAAAAUAAUAACUCAACCUUGAGUUUAAUUUACUUAACUUUAAGUUGAAUUUACCUUAUUUUGAGUAUACCCCAAACAACUUAAAAGUACUUUACUGCACGGAAGACCUCGACUGAAUUGAAUCUCUCGUUUUGUUUUUGACAACACUAAUAAGUGCGAAAGCGACGCACAGUUCAAAAGUACCUAAAUUUAAGUUAAAAGAACUUAUUCUGUAGGUUAUUUUACGGUUGCGUGUAAGGCAUCCUUCGGCAGCGACGAGUAGAUCGCUGUUGGCGCACCACCCACUUACACACACGGAUUCUCCUCAUCAGUAACUUAUGUCGUGAACGCUAAACAACUUACUGGUACCGAGUUUGCUGACGAGGCAUGCGAACCGAAACCGUCUUUUAUUGAUAUGAGAACCAAACGCCUGGUACUAUGCAAACUCUUACACCAUCUUCCUCAUCGGCAGAACUUCUGUGCUUACUUACGAGUCAUCACUCGGUACCAGCCAGUUGUGUAUCGUUCAUGUAGUACGUGUGACGUUUAUGUGUUUAACUGCGCUAUUUUGGUGCUGGUUUGGACUUAUCUAACUAGCCUUAUGUAGGUGUUCGUUACUGAGGAAUCCGAAACACUAAAAAUUCUAGGUCUUGUGUUCUUAUACACAAAAUUUAGCUGAAUAAAAAUCUAUUCUGGCAUUUAAAUGGUAAACACAACAGCACUAUUCACUGAAUAUCAGUACUGAAAAUCCCGGCCCAGGUAACCAACAAGCAGGCAUGCACAAGAACGGUGCUGCUCCGUGUCCCAUUGCUGUGCACUGACUCAUAAUGUGUCAGCGUUAAAUUCAUUGAGCUAGUACUUGCGCUGGUUUCCGAUGAGCUAGAGUUAGCAAGUAGCACGAGCACCGAAGAGCGAAAGCCCUCGCUAGCACGCUGCACGGAGCUAUAACUCAGCUAUAGCAAAGCAGAAUAAAAAAAAAACAACGCGUUAGUGUGAAAAAUGAUGCCUGCAUCAUUUUUUCAGCAACCUGUCGCACAUUCACCAACGCAUAGUUCUUGCUUUGUCCUAUUCUUUCGUUCCAUAGCAGAGCUUAAAAAAAAAUGACAUCGCUGCAUGAACUUGAAAGAAACCGAAAUUCACUUCAUGCCCGCUGCGAUGAAUGAAAUUUUUGAUUCGUUUCCAUCGUCAUUCCUUCUCCCGACGCAACGCUUUCAGGUACGGACAUGUUCAGUUUCAGAAGCAAAGUGAAUUUUAUUUCUAUGCUGGCUCUGAGUGGGAUUAUCGAUCAAAAGUGCCCCAGAUAUAGAUUACGCAGUUCACUUAUGCUCGAAAAUGUAGAAGAUGCUAACUUCUGCCUUCAACCUGUCGACAUAAUAACAAUUGAAUGCUUUGGUUGGUGAAUGAAUUUAUAUUUCCUCUGCACUCAAGCAUUCGAAUAUGCAUGAAAUUUCAGUCAGUGGGAAAGUAAAUGAAUGAGGGAGGCGUUGAAUCUGAAUGUCGGUUUUGGUAAUUACUAGCAGAAAUAGGUAAUUGAUUUUGAAAUUUCGGAACACUGUUCCAUAGCUUACACUACUGCACCGUUCUAGCUCAUCGGGCAAGCUUACCGUGCCAGCUCAUUGAGUUAACUCGUGCUAGCUCACUGAGCUAGCUCACCGAGCUUGCUCGUGCCAGCUUACCGAGCUGGCUCAUGGUGCUAGCUUAUCGUGCUAACUCGUUAUGCUAGCUAUUCGAAUCCUACAGCUCGAGCACGCAGGUUACCUAGCACGAGCGGUGUCAGUGCUUAUUGCUUUUGGUUCGUUCAAAGCGGCCGCUCAGCUCGUGUUAGGCUCUCGUACUGUGUUUCAUGCUUCCAUGCCAACAAGCAUUAGUGUAUGCAGUAAAAUAGCAUAUAAUUUGCAUUUCGGAUGCUUCUAGCAGUAUAUUUGCAUUCUUUAUGCAUAUCUGUUGUUAAUCAGCUUUCAAAAAACUGUUGAGAAGCUUCUCAUCAGUAAUCAGCAUUCUGAAUGCACAACGUCAGUAAAAAGCAUUUUCAUGGAAUAGCAGUAGAGUAGCCGUAUAUUUCGCCAAAAUCGACCUUUAAAUAGCAUUUAAAACGAUUUAAAUCCUUAUCAGGUAGCCGUUAAGACUAGAGCACUCUAAUUAGAGUGUGGUCAAGAAUAUGAAAUUUGACGUAUUCACAAUAGAAAUACGUCAGAUUUCUGCUCGUAUAGUGCAAUGGCUUAAUGCUUAUGGUUACUUGGGCAUAAGCAUUAAGCCAUUGCACUAUAUUGGCUAUGCAUUUGCACUAAUGUUGCAUUGAAACUCCAUUACAGCAUUAACAACGCAAUAAAGCUCUAUAUUAGCAUCAAUAAUGCAUAACUGCACAGCCGACAUAUAGCAUUAUCGCUUGCGCUAGAUGCGUAUAUAUAACUGAUAUAACGCGUACAUGCUUCAAGCAUCUUUAAAGCAUGUAAGCUUUACAUGUACAUUUAGUGCCAUUAUAGAGCAAAUGAAAAGCUGAUAUAAUGCUAUUGUGAUUCUGUGGGUUUAUUCGUUAUUCAAUAUUCGUUAAUAUUCGGCAUAUUUCAUUUCAAUCGAACAUAUGCAAUAUAGUCCUGGAAGCAAACGCAACGCACUUACCGUGAAGGACUAGGCAAGGUACCUCAGCUCGAGACUUACUUUCGUAAAACAUUCAUAUCAUGUGAGAACGAAAAUCCAUCAAGGAUUUCAUUACAAUGCAUUAGAAGAGAGUGAAUUACGGUUUUAAACAGAUAAUUUUAUUUUAAAUUUUUUCCUUUUUGCUCAUCAUACUGAAAGGAAACAUGGGAAAUGGUUGUAAAACCAUGGCGGGCAAUGACAAUAUAAGGCUUUCAAAUUUGACAUUUGCGCUGGUGCUAUAUAAUAGCAUUAGUACUGCAGAAACGAACUGUCAAUCUCUGCACAGUAAUAGCCCUAUAUUUCGCCUUUUCUGGCAUAAUACUAGCCUUAUGUGAGUAUUUAGGGCUUCAUGGCUUUUAAUACAGCUUUAUAUGUGGAUCUAAAGCAGAUAUUAGGCUACCUUUUAAUGCUUAUUGGUUACUUGGGUAGUUUACACUCAGAUGGAAAACAAGAAUUACCCAUGAACAAUAAUCAGCAAACAUGUUCAACGACCCAGGCCAUACAACAAAAAACAAAGCAUCAACACAAAUUCCACGUUCGACCAACAAUCAUCGAAUCAGUACACCAUUCACAGUAGAUACAGAACACUAGAUUAGGAUUGUCGCUGGCAUCAGUGGUAGGAACAUCAUUGUUUUGAUUCCGGGGUAUACCUGUCAAAUGGGCCAAAUAAAAAAGCAAAAAAAUAAUCCUCUAUCGUCGUUUCAUAGCAACUAAUCAUUUUUGUUUCUAUUAGCCAGCAAAACAAUGGCCAUUCUUGGCCAAUGUGUUUGCACUAAUUAGAAUGCACAAAUUGUCUAAGCUUGUACUGAAUUUUGAUAAAUUUUCAUUUCCUUGUGCGGUAUAUACAAACUCUUUCAUUUCAUAACAAUAACAGUCGAAAAUUUACACCGAGAAAAUUCGUUAUAUUGAAUAUAUUGAUUUCACACAUAAUUUUUUGCAAUUUGUAGUAGCAGAUAAAAAUUACCUGUAGCGCAUAGAUAUCAUGGGAAAAUAAUGAAUUUAUAAUAGUAUGCCACAUAGAAAUUUGUUACAUAGCAGAUAUUACAUCAUUUUUCUGUUUGCCUCUCGUUUAUUCUGUUGCAAUUUUUAUGCAUUGGACGUUUUCGGUCUUGAAUGCAUAAAAAUCACAGCAGAAUAAACGAGACUGAAAUGAAAAAUAGGCAAACUCAAUUUGAAGUUCAACUAAACGGUUUGUGGUUAAAAGCAGCCCAUAUUUUUCUGUGUGUACCAAAAGCGCGGACCAAAGACUUUUACUAGAGAGACUUUCGAUACUUUGCCAGAUAUAUACCGGAAGCAAAACAAUCAUGUUCCGAGGCGAAAACAAUGGGAACACCAGCGACAAUCCUAAUCUAGUGUUCUGUAUCUACUCCAUUCACCCAUGUAGUGUAAUCUCGCUAUACACUAAUAGUUAGCUAAAACCGAGAUCCCCGUGUAUAUGGACAACGAUGCGGCUGAAAUUCGCCAACACUAUUUGGCACCACGCAUUAGUUCAGACUAUAUUAAAUGAUUCAUGUCGAAAUACGGAGAAGUGGAAUCCGUUAUGAGUGAUCGUUGGAAGCUUUUUCCCUGGCAUUUUCAACGGUGUAGUGAGAAUGCGUGUUGAACCAAUCUUUUUCUUCUUACUUGACUUUCGAAGGCAAAUCAUCUCCAGGUAUUAGUUACAUUCAAAGAAAGCUAUGCACAUAGCCUAGACAGACGCUCACCUGCCAGUUCUGUAACCAGACUGCACGCUACAGAAAGUCAUGUGAAAUGAAAAUUAUCUAGGAGAAUUCAUCUGCAAUGUACUACAAUUAACACUAUUGCUCUAGCGAAGACGACAUGAUCGUAAACACCAUUUUCAAAGAUUUAAUUCAUCUUAACCAACUAAACAUUUACCAGCUACCGCCCAGCUUCACAACGAAAAUUAGCUUUAAAAAAGGCACAUAACGUGAGUUUUAACAGUCGGCUUUUACGCCCUAAUCAUUUGUUUGUCGGGAAAUGUAGUGUAAACACUAGAAUAACAAAGAGACGACAUGUUCCGUUUGGAAUUCGAAUUCAGCUAUAGAGUUCUAUGCAAAUGAUUUCACUCACACUACUUGGGGGUUUGUUUUCCUCCAGCUGUCAUAUAUAAAACUGUCAGCUAAUUUAAACAUUUGAGUAUUUAUAAUGGUGUUGAAAUGCUCUAUAUCGCUGUAAAACUUAUUCGAGGGACGUACAAUUCCGGUCGGUAAUAUUCCAUCAUAAAAAUAAUCCGAACGAAAAGUUAUUUUCGAUUUGUUUUCCUCCAUCUAUGACAGGUGGAGGAAAACAAACCGUUGAGUACACUAAUACAGUUACAGAUUGUCAAGUACUCUAUAAGCUUCUAUAGCUGAAUUGGAAUACCAAACUGAACUUGUUAUUCUAGUGUCUUCAGUGGAAAUAGAGCGACAUCUCUCCCGGAAUUACCCUACGCUACUAUUUUUAAGUACAUCCAGUGUUAAUAUGUGGCUACCUGCGAAUAGCAAUUUUCAAUUCAUUUCUUUAAAUUUAAUUUCGAAUCAUCACCAGAUAAUCAAAUGAUAUGAAAGUAACAGAUUACUUACUAAGCUUCCAAAACAUAGAAUGGAUGUAGUUUGUAAGAAAAGGCCACAAUGUAAGAAGUUUCACAUUACCGCGAUACACGAAAUAUUACCAAUACAAUAAAAAUUAGCGAAGAUACUCUGUUUUAUUUUUGAACAUUUUUUCAAAUAGUUGCCAUGUGUAAUUUUACGCCAAGUUAAUACGUCAAAAACUAGCAACUGUUAUCAAUCGGUUUACCAUAGACAAUUUUAUUCGUACUAAAGCUCGCAGAACACUCCACUCUUACCUGAUGAAACCAUUCGGAAUCCUAAAUGUAUUCCAGCUCAAAUGCAACAAUAGAUCCCGAAACCGAUUGAGUCAGAAUCGGUUGUUGCAUUUGAGUUGGAAUCCAUUCUAACUUCAUUCAGAAAUCCGAACCGGUUCCGGAAUGGGUAUAACUGGGUAGUACUUAAUUUUAUUUGGUUCUGGGCAUUUUCCUCUGUUGAUAGUUGAAAUUUCUGGCUUGUUCAUUUGUAGUCUCCCCCAGUGGUACAGAUUUAACGAUUUUUUUUUCUGGUAAAGGUGACAGAUUUCUGCGGAUAGAUAAGGGCUUGAAUUAUUAAACUCUUGACAAACAUAAUUAGUGCGUAUAUGCCUUUAAAGGGAAAUUCCAGAUAAACCGUUAUUGGACGAACACUGCUCACAGCAGUAAAUGAAAGAGAAAACUUCUCUUUUGUUUACGACCAACAUCUGUGAUUGGAGAUUAACGGUUUGUCCGAAAUUUCCACUCAAAAUGAAUUUUGACAGUUGGCUUAUGCGCCCUAAUCAUAUGUUUGCCGAGAACUGAUUAAAAGUUUUCCUUUUUAUGUUAACUAUCGUAGCUAAUACAAUUUACUUGAAUAACUUAAAAGAUUCGAAUAUAUCGAUGUACAUGUUGUAGAUCUCGCAUCUGUGUAACAACUAACGGUUUAUUCAACGGUCAAUGGGAAACGAUCGCCAUAGCCAAAUAUUGGAAUGGCGGCGAUAGUGUUUAAAUGGUUUUUUUUUGACGCGGCUCAUAGCGGUAGCUUAACGGAGCCGUGGACCUUUUAUAUAUUUGCUAUAUGUAAAAAAUAAAAAUUCCAACAAAUAACAUUUAUCCGUUGGAUCUCGUAUGCGCAACUUUUUAUUGCGAAUGGAGACCUUCUUUCGUGGGGGCGAAAAAUUUAUCCGCUCGUGUAUUGCGUCAUUUAACUCACUCUUGCAUUUACGAUUGACCAGUGUAAACCCGUCGUCAUUGUUAUUACCUUCCUUGUCGAUGAUGCUUACAGUUGAUUUUGGGGUGCAGGAUGCUUCUUUUGAGGUUGUUAUUAUGGUCUGAACAGCUGCCACAAAUUUGGUCACCGUUUGUUGUUCAGGUAUUGAUAUUGAAAAUUAUGUAUUGGGUUGGUUUGCCAUAGAUGAGUUGACAAUCAGUUGAGAUGUACUGCAUUAUAUGUUCCUGAAGGUACGCGACAUCCGGAAGCUUAAGCUGUAUUUUCACCUUCAGAAGGUAUUCCAUUUCACAAAAACUCGGUCAUAUUGAACAAAAUUUAAAGUCAACAAACGCUGCGUUGGGUAGAAGUAUAGCUUUUUCGCCAACUUCACUCAUGAUGACAAGAAUAAUCCAAUGUUCGCUUUGUUCUCGAGACAAUGCACACUAGAUCGAGAGACCUGUUGUUCACUUGGCUCGAUUGUAGGUCUGACUACCGCAAAAAUUGAAAAUAGACUGAAUUUGCUAUUCGUUGAAAUGUUUACACAAGCAUUUUAUACUGGGAACUGGCACACAGGCAAAAUUUUUCAAUGUGUAAAAAACUGUCGUUUUGAAUUGCUAUCAGCAAGUAGUAACUUGUCAUUAGCCGGCGCUGUGAUCGACCAGUAAACUUGAACACUCGUAUAUUCAUUUAAAUGUUUACACAGGUUUUUUGGCAAAGUUUGUGCUUAUACAUCUGUUUUUUACGCUUUUAGUGAACUACAUCGUUUAUUCAAGUACACCUUUUUUGCUGCAAAAGGUUGUGCAAAAUUGAAGUGUGAGUCGAAGUUAAUGUUGAAACACAACCAAUAUUCCAAGUCCCAGUUAAGAACAUUUAUCCUCGUUUCUACUUUUGGGAGACAGAAAUUUUGUGCAUGAGAAGUGAACUGCGUUUUGUACAGCUUUUUGUAUUGUAUUUGUAUUUUGUACUUUAGUUUUUACUAUUCUUAGUCAACCGUAGUGACCGGAAAAUUUCAACGAAUCAAAAGAUAACUUUAAAUCGGAUCUUCAAUUGUCUUGCCUUGACCUAGAUUUGCUACAAAGCCGCAGGUUAAGCUCGAUAGUAUUAUGCGAUGCAUUUCCUCAGUGAGCGGUUGACUUAUGUUUAGCCGCCAUUAACUGCUUCCUGGCAAAAUGUUAUAUUUUAAGCUAGUUAUUUUAACCAAUUUAGUUUCUUGGGAUUUAAAGCGAAAUAGAGUUAGCACCAAAAAACUAGUAGAAGUGUGUGUUUGAAAUGAAGGUGUCUGGCUGAUCUGUGAGAAACCUUCGUAAAUAAACAGUAUAAUCACAUAAUAAGCCCAAGUCCAAAUCUGUAGAGUUGAAAUGAUUGAAGCUACUAUAGAAAUAUUAUUUAUAUGAGUAUCCAAUAUUAUACAAUAUAGAAAAACGAACUCAUAUGUACAAACAUAUGUAAAAUAAACUACUGAACUAAUUAAUAAAUACGAGCAAGUUAUGUUGAAAACAAAAACAAGCUGACAAGCAAAUCUGUUCCCUGGUAGUAUUUGAAACUGAUACCUAACUAGAGACUUGUAAAAAAUAUAUAUUUAAAUAA